AUGUCGCCAUUGUCAGUCUGCCUGAGCUUGAUUCGAAUGUGUGAGCAGCCUGCUCCUGGGAGUGAGGGCGUCAUUGUUGAUCUUUUGCGCAGAGAGAUGGCAAGCAUCUACGCAAUUCGCAGUGGUUACGACUACAUGGCCAUGCUAGCGGCGUUUCAAGCCUUUUUAUUUUACGCAAUGUGCUUGUUUUUUAGACUCGACCAGGGCCCAGAUGCUGGCAUGAGGGAGGUAAUGAUGAAUCUCCAAGAUCUCGCAGCCAUGAGCUGCCGGCACGGCCUGGUGUGUGCCGAGGAGCAGCAACGUGCCCGGCCGAGAUGGGAGGCCUGGGUUGUCGCCGAAGCCAAAAGGCGAACUCUCUUCACAAUGUAUCUCUUUGACAGUGUUUUAUCGUCUCUAGAUGGUCUUCCCACGUUCCUCGGCACAGAACUGACAGGACUCCCUGCCCCGGCAUCCAAAGUGCUCUGGCAAGCCACAGAGAGGGGGACUUGGGAAACGUCGUACAGCCUGGAUUUGGCUGACUGGCCUACUGGGAAGCUCCGGAUUGAUGAACUUUGGCCAGUGUCGUCCGAUACGGGGCAGGCGGCUAUUCUGGAACAGUGUAAUAGAGUGGAUCGCUGGCUGGAAGGCGUGGAUGAGUAUGGAACGAUGCUUUAUGCUGUCACAAGUUGUACGCAUGGAACUUGA